AUGAACGACAGAGAGGAUGAGGUUGCGAGGAGCGAUGGUUGUGGGGGGAUUCUAGAUUUUAGACGAAUCCUCUUGAAGGAGAAAGAGCUUUCCCUCAGAGCGAAGGAAAAUGCUCUCAAGCCUGGAGGGAUGGUUCGGUGCAUGGAGAAGAAGGGCGAUGAAUACCUUUUGAGCCUCCUUUACCUCAUAGCUGGCAUACUUUGUUUGGUGGCGGCGUUCGGACACGGCGAUCAGCCAACUGUCUCUCUCCUCCAGAACUCUUCAAGCUCUGACACUACGGCUGCUCCUGCGGACACCAACAACGCUUUCAUCGGUCCUAAUGGACUGGUGGUUGCCUGGCUCAAGGUUGAAGGCUUCACUGUAUUCCGGCAAGGUGAUGGAAAUGGCAAGAAAGUUAUGAAGUGGAAGAAGCUGAUGAUAUUUGCUCUUCUCAGCAUCCUCUUGUACUUGGUUGCUGCAUUUCAGGCUGUUUGGUUGAUCAUCGGCUGUGUGUGGUCCUUUGGCACGUCAAUCCCAGCAGAAUGUCAAAAGGUUUGUCUUCUCACCGACACGUUUUAA